AUGAAUCCUAAAGAUUCAUUUCGUUGGUUUCAUGAACAAUUACGGAAUUACAAUCUUUUUACCCCCAAUGAAAAUGAUUAUGAAGAUGAAGAUGAUGAACCAAAAGAUCCCAUCAUAAUUCUCAAACAACAACGUUAUGCCACUCGAUUAUAUGUUUCUCUUCUGAUUAUAACACUUUACAUUCUGUUCAUCGUUGCUCUUAUUUAUCCACAAACGCGAAUAAUCACUGUCUCAAAUAUUACUCCAUCACUCUUCGAACAACUUCGUAUUGAAUAUGGUGAAACACUUAGUUGUCCAUGUUCAACAACCACAGUGGCUUACAGUGAAUUUGUUUCCAACACAAUCAUAUUUCAUCCUGUGUGUUCAAGUGUGUUUGUGAGUCAAGAAUGGAUAGAAGCACUUUAUUUAUCAAAUGCAAGUGCAUUCUUGGUGAUGGACUUUCGAACAACGGCUAGUUCUCAAUUCGAACUUCUUGCUAAACUUUGUUUAUUCUCGCAAGAAACAAUUUUUCAAGCUCAGCUUGAUCUUAAUAAUACUCAACUUGUCACUGUUGAACUUCUAUCAGAAAAUGAAGUUCAAUCUCAGAUUGAUGUGAGCAUUAAACUUGCUCAAACCAGCACACCUGUUCAAGCUACUUUAUCUCUCCAUUUCUUGCAAGUAGCAACUCGCUUAAAUUCAUUUGUCUCGGCUCUUAAUACAAAUGCAGCCAUUAGCGUGUAUCUAUUUUCACAAGUCGCUAUAAUUAAUGCGUAUUUCACAUCAUAUUUCGACCAAAAUGCUGCUCCCUACGUUUAUGAAAUAACAACAUGCGAUUUGAUAAAUUCAGUAGUUCCAGCUGGAUUCUACUCAUCAUCAUACGAAGAUAGUACAAAUUAUCACUGGUACUGGCCUAACGAGAUUCCUUAUUUUGAACCUGUUGCUUCUGCGAUGGCUGAUGGAUUUUUCGGAGGGUGUAGUCCUCUUGAUGCUCUACUAGCUAGUACACUUGAUUGUCUCUUUAACAUUAGUUGUCUUCAACUACUUAGGAAUUAUUUUCCAGCACUCAAUCAAGUAUUACAUCAUAUGACAUAUAUUCGACGACUUGUUCAAUGGACAAAACAGUUGAAUAUAUUUAAGUUGGUUACUCAUAAAACACCAACUGAUAUUAAACAACAGCGUAUCACUACACGUGUUUAUUUGAUUUUACUCGCAGGUAUGGUUUUAUUACUUGUUAAACUCUACCCUAUUGUCGAUGUCACAAGUUCACUCCUCAUUUUUGUUCUAUUCACUUCUCUAAAUACUCAAACGAUGACAAUAACUGAAUCAAGUCCUUCGUUAACUACAUACAAUCAUCUACAAGAUCUGUAUUUAAAUAGACUUGAAUGUCCUUGUUCAAAUAUAACAAUCCCUUAUUCGACAUUCAUUUCACUGAAACCAACAUUACACCAGAUCUGCUCGAGUGCUUUCAUUGGUAACACAUGGAUUUUAAUGAUGAGACUCAUUGAACAUGCACAUAGCCAUUAUCAGGGUUUUGGUGCACAACAUAUGCAACUAUUGUCGACUCUUUGUGAUCUGGCCAAUAAAACGGUUGAUGAUGCAGUUCAUCGCUUUACUAUGCGAUCUUUUGCCACUUUAAAUGUUCUUUCAGAACUAAACUUCAAAGAUGUGCUUAACACAACUCUCACUCAAUUCAUUCAAUCAUUACUUAUCAAUUUCAAACUUCUCAUUGAUACAUCACAUAUUUUCACUCAAGUCGAUCAACCUUUUACAAAACCAGAUCAGAAUGGUUUAAUAUUCAAUACUACAAGAGAUCAGAAUGGUACUCAACAAUCGUCACAGAUAUCAAUUCGUUUUAAUAGUAUAGUCAAUAACAAUGAUACAUUGAUGGAUUGUAUCUGUGCUACUAAUCCUCAAUGCCAGACUCAAGUUUUAGCCCCCGAUUGGCAAACAAUUGUGAUAGGUGGUCACAACCUUAGUGGCCCUUAUGCAAUGCUAGGCAUGGUAGCAGGAUGUUUUACAAUUGAUUCUUUUCUACUCUCAACACUCGAAUGUUUUUAUUCGAAUUUUUGUCUAUCAAUAUUAUAUUAUUACAUGAAUAAUACAAUACAGCAUCCUGAUAUAGAUUUUGGUGUUUCUCUUAUCGAUGUUUCUCCUCUAGUGUAUGAACCGUUGAUGAGCUUAUUUCCACCAAACACUACUCUCAGAAGCAUAGUGCAACAAAUGAUGGUUGAACAAUGGAAUCCAUUGUUUUUAUUCGAUAACUAUUAUGAAACAUGUGCACCCACUUAUUGUACAUAUACCCAAACUGUACGUACAAAGACUUUCGUUGGAGUAGUAAUAACAUUUGUAUCUACAAUCAGUGGUCUCACUGUUGCAUUGCGUUUAAUUACAUUUCAAUUAAUUAAGUUUAUCUUUCGUAUGCUUCAACCAAAGGUGAAACGACAAAAGCAAGGUAAUUAUAAAGAAGAUAUUUAUUGA